AUGACUUCCACAAGUACGUUAAAAUCGACGACUAGGUCUUCCAGACGGAGUACUGACGAUGGCCUCCAGGUUACAGUUAGCCUUCUAGAAAAUGAUUGCUUCAUCACGAUUUGGGUUCCGGAACAGGCGAGUGGCAGAUGGCUAUUGGAGGAAGUCUGCAAAAAACAGGCAGUUCUACCGGAAAUCGAGUACUUCGGUCUUCGUUAUAUUUCCUGUGAAUUGCUUUCCUCACCUUCCAAGCACUGGAUGAAUCCUGUUAAGCUCGUUCGACCGCAGUUAAAGCAACUGUUAUCUCACUCCCCUGCUACCUCGUUAAAUUACAACGCCCUCUAUCCUAUCAUACGCUCAACUCCCUACCACGUGCGGAAUGAGGUGACUCUGGGGGAUGCCUCAGAGAUGGCAGCAUCCAUGCUUAGUCUACAAUCCCCUUCUGCUUCAACUAGGACAGAUUCAUCCACUUACCUAUCCAAUUACCGUGCUCUCCACAACACCUCUUCCAAGAAAAAUGAGCUCGAGAUUUUAGAAGAACAUCGAAAACUUGAAGGCGUGCUACCAAGUGAGGCAGCCGCAGAGGCAAUUCGCAUCGCUCUGCGGCAACCCUCCUACGGACUGGAGCCAUUCAAAGUGCAACUGGUGGGCGCUUGGCCUUAG